AUGACUGAAAGCAAGUUGAAUGAAGUAACAACAGAACCAGCUGCAUUGCGUUAUAUUACACCGCGUGACAAAAGUCAACUUUUUCGUUAUCCACAACAAAUUUCAGUAAUGGAUCGUCGACGUUUCUUAACCAGUGGGGAAAUAGAAUCCUACAUAAAUACUUCCAGCAGUGAGGAUGAAGGCGAAGUAGUUUCAGCUAAACGAAUGAAAAUUGUUAAGCCUAUUUCGAAAAAAAUAACUUCUGUCGUAUAUAUUCCACCAGCAGAUGUUGAUGCUGUAAGUGACGAAGAACUUAUUGACGAUAAUGAGAUGAUAACAGAGGUACCAGCUAUGACGGAUGUUUGUGGAGAGUUGGAGGUCGAACAUGAAUCAGAUGUGGAAGAUUUUGCGUCGCCGCCGUCAUGCUUAGUUGGAAUACCUAAUGAUGGGCCAUCCUGUUCUGCAAAAACAACUAGUUACACAGCAGAAAAAGAUUUCGGUACACCAAACUUGAAAAAAACCAAACGAAUUGAUUUUAAAUUUGGAGCCCCUGACGAAUCAGGUGUGGAAUCUUUAAAAAGCAAUAUGGUUGAUUCUAUGAUUGUCAAAACACCAUUUGAAUUGUUUCUGCAGUUCUUCGACGAAGAAAUAAUGGAAAUGCUGGUCGUGAAUACAAAUAUGUAUGCUCACCAAAAUAAUAUCGUAGUGGAUAUUAGCAAACAACAGAUAUAUCGUUUCAUCGGAAUUUUGAUACUAAGUGGUUAUCAUAGAGUACCUCACGUUGAACAUUAUUGGAGUACACAGCAAACACUUGGUGUACCUAUAGUGAAGCAAGCUUUAUCACGUAAUAACUUCCAGUUGAUCAAAAGAAUAUUUCAUCUAGUGGACAAUUAUGGCAUUGAUGCCACAGACAGAUUUGCUAAAGUUCGUCCACUUAUUGAUGCACUGAAUCUUUAA